AUGAUUUGUAGGUUCCGACCGUGGCAUCUCAACUGUUCGAGGAACGCUACCGAACAAGAGGAAGAAGGAGAGGUGGCUGGUGAGGCGUAUGUUCCACAACCAUACGCUCCUCAGGAUGAGGUACAACCACAAAUUUAUGCUGAGGAGUUCAUUUCCCUCAACGACCAAGGUAUCCUAUACAAUUUUGAUGACCAUGCGGCCCUUAAUCAGCAAGUACAUCUCUGCUCUGACAACAUCGACAAUAUUGUGGCCCGAGGGUAUUUGUACGAGCAUGUGGGUAAGAUCAAAGUUCACUGCCAGGAUUACGAUGAUUCACAUGCUCGGAUCAUGGUUUCGGAAAUCCUGCAAGAGGACGCUGAAAUCCCAGUCCCAAUUGAAAAGUUCAGAUAUGUUAGGGACGUGUACCAGAUGUUCCUUCCUUGGCCUAAACACUUAAUUUUAACAACCGAGGGUCCACUCGCUCAACCGCCCUCAAGACGUGAUGCGUCAAAGGGGAAAGCUCCGAUGCUUUCUCCACAAAGCCGUGGUGCACGGGAAGAUGAGUUGUUCACGGAAGAGAAGAUGGCGUUGAUCCCUAAUUCGCUAAAAUGGAUGAUUCAUGAAUUCCUAAGGCUCAAAGAUAAACGUGAUAUAAUCACAAUUUCUGUCCCCCGAGGAUUCAUUGCACCGCGUACCCAGAUCAUUUUAUCUGGAGAGGAUUUGCAGCAGGUUGCUACGUGUAACUAUAUCGGCAACCAGGGAAUGUUGUUUGGAAUGAUGUAUACUCUUCUUUAAUCUAAUUAACCUUAUAUCAAAUUAUAGUUAAAUUAUUAUAAGGCACUAACACUUUUUUUUGGCAGGCACAUAUGGGAGAGCAUCAACGGUCUGAGAAAAAUUUUCAAGUUUUACGACCCAGAGCUUCUCACAGUGCA